ACUGCCGGAACAGAAUCGUUUCAAAGAACCAGGAUGUCUGUAUCUACAUCAAUGGCAGACCAGUCAACGACUCGUCCUCGGAGCAGACGACCUUCGAAAUCCUCCCCCGAAACACACAAUGGUAGAGAAGAAGGGAAAGAAGACUUCGAAUUCGGGGGACCUCUAGGCGUCAGCCUUGUCAUGCUAGGCUUCCCUAUACUCAUGUACUACAUGUAUAUCGGCGCUACGAUAUACAAUGGCCACCUCCCCCUGCCUGAGCCCGAUCAGUCCCUCGUCGACUUUGCAAGGCACCUGGUGGAUCUCGUGUACACGCACGCCUAUCCUCAUCGGAAAGCCUGGAUUAUCUACUGGACGUUUCUCGUCCUCGAAGGGAUUGGAUACCUCUACCUGCCCGGCGUGUAUGGAAAGGGCAAGUGCCUCCCCUCGCUGAACGGCGGCCAACUCGACUACUUCUGCUCUGCAAUCUGGUCGUGGUAUACCACCAUUGCAGCCGCACUGUCUCUGCACUUCACCGGUGUUUUCAAGCUGUAUACGCUCAUCGAUGAGUUCGGCCCCAUCAUGUCCGUGGCGAUCUGCUCUGGCUUCCUCGUCUCGGUCAUCGCCUACGUUUCUGCCGUGGCACGGGGUGUGCAACACCGCAUGUCGGGAUCCCUCAUUUACGACUUUUUUAUGGGGGCAGAGCUGAACCCCAGGUUUUUUGGAUGGCUGGACUUUAAAAUGUUCUUUGAAGUCCGCAUCCCCUGGUACAUCCUCUUCCUGCUCUCGCUCGGCACCGCCUUGAAACAAAUCGAAGACUACGGCUAUGUAUCUGGGGAAGUCUGUUUCAUCCUCCUGGCACAUUUCCUUUACGCCAACGCCUGUGCCAAGGGCGAGGAACUGAUCAUCACCAGCUGGGACAUGUACUAUGAGAAAUGGGGCUUCAUGCUCAUCUUCUGGAACCUCGCCGGCGUCCCCAUGAGCUACUGCCACUGCACGCUCUACCUCGCCGCCCACCACCCAUCCACCUACCACUGGAAUCCCUGGGCCCUUGGCCUGCUGGUAACGCUGUACCUGUUUGCCUACUGGGUCUGGGACACAGCAAAUAGCCAGAAGAACUAUUUCCGAGCCCAGGAGCGUGGCGUGCCCCUGAACCGCAAGACCUUUCCGCAGUUACCCUGGAAGUAUGUCUGCAAUCCACAGGUCAUCCGUACCACGACAGGCGACUCCAUUUUAUGCAGUGGGUGGUAUGGUAUGGCCCGCAAAGUCCAUUAUACAUGCGACCUCUUCUUCGCCCUCUCCUGGGGUCUAAUCACAGGCUUCAACUCGCCCUUCCCGUGGUUCUAUCCUGUUUUCUUCGCUACCAUGAUCAUCCACCGCGCACGCAGGGAUAUCACGCGGUGCAGGGAGAGGUACGGCGCUGCGUGGAUGGAGUAUGAGCGCCGGGUGCCCUAUUUGUUUAUUCCGUAUGUAAUCUGACGAGGUGGUGGAUGGCGGUUAAUUAUUCUAUAUAAAUAGCAUUCUAGAAGAACUACUUAGUAGCCAUUCCUAAUUCAUGUUCAUAUUCAACAUAUCCAUCACCGGCCGAUUAGUACUCAAAAAGUCAUUCAGAAACACAGAUAUAUCCGCACUGUUCAUGUUAAAUUCACUCAUGUCAUCCGGCCACGACACAUCAGGCAC